AUGUGGCUUGAAGGUGCUAUUUAUAUUGGUUUGCCCAGGCCAAAACCACAUCUGCAGCCACUGCUCCGUUGCAGCACGAGAAUCGACGCGCAGAUCGACAAGGAUCAGCCUUGUUCUUGGGACCCUGCAAAACUUUCGGCCUUCAAACUUCAACGUAUGACCAACGCCUUCAGUAGAACAAAUUCGAGACGAAAGCGGAAAAUUACUGUUUCCAGAAUACCACGAGAAGCUUGGAGGUUUACUAUCGCGUACCCCGAACUUGGGAGAUCGACUUUCAUCUCCAUGUGGAGCGCCUCAGGGUCCCGUUAA